AGUUAGCGGGCUUAAUAACCAACUUACAGUGCACCACCUUGGCCGGACAUGUUUCGUUGCCAGAGGAGCAGCGCGGUUUCUUGGGAGAAGUGAAAAAGAGAACAUUGGACACUGCUGAACAACGACGUGAGACGAACCAGGCCUACGACCUGUUGGACGCGUUGUCCCGCUCGGGCGCGCUGGUCUUGGAGAGCACCUCCCUCCAUGUGGUUCUAGCGGCUACACACUGCUUUGAUGAGACCAUCAUCAACACUGCCAUCAAAGAAAAUCAGAAUCCCAUUGAGAAACUUGAGCGAUCCAUGAUGAUCGUGGCCUCGACGGUCCAUCGUUCGCCGCCCCAACGUCUGGCGUCGCCAUCCCAGGUGCAACGCAUGCGAGAGUUAUCUCCAGCACUCUUCGCUGAAUCUGUGAGCAAGGGCGUUUUCCCUCGCUGAGAAAGUCUGGGUCGAUGCACCGGGAAAUCCACCGUGAGCCGCCCAUGCUUCAAAAAACAUAUUACCCACAGUGGAGCUAGCUGACUGAGCGCCACCAUGGCUUAUGGCCAUAGAAACAAACUGAAC